AUGAUCAAGCAAGUGAAAUCGCUUAAGCUUCAUAAAGAUAAGAUUUGGGACUUAGAAGAAUCCAAUGGGCUACUAGGAACUGCUUCCACCGAUAGAUGCAUCAAAAUAGUGAACUUGAACAAAGAAGCCUACCAAUUGAUAGAUGAGCUGGAUGAUACGGUUCACAAGAAGACAAUAAGGUCUGUAGCAUGGAGGCCGUCUUCUACGACGCUGGCUGCGGGAUCUUUCGACUCUACUAUCUCGAUAUGGAGCAAGGAUGAUUCUGCCCAUGACUUUACUUCUCCAACGACAAAUUUCGAGAUGGAGUUGAUGGCAAUUAUCGAAGGUCAUGAGAAUGAGGUCAAGAGUGUAGCAUGGUCUUACGACGGUUUGUAUUUGGCUUCGUGCUCGAGGGAUAAAAGUGUUUGGAUUUGGGAAACUGAUGAGAUGGGUGAAGAAUAUGAAUGCGUCAGCGUCCUUCAAGAACAUUCUCAGGAUGUAAAGCACGUUGUAUGGCACCCAAGUCUACAUCUGCUUGCUUCUAGCUCUUAUGACGAUACAGUGAGGAUAUGGAGAGAAUCUGACGAUGAUUGGGAAGCAGCAGCGGUUCUAAAUGGCCAUGAUGGGACAGUAUGGUGUUCUGAUUUUGAGAAAGCUGAGAGUAAGGUUAGAUUAUGCAGUGGGAGCGAUGACAGAACUGUGCGUGUUUGGAGAUACAUUGGUGACGAUGAAGAUGAUGAGCAAGAGUGGGAAUGCGAAUCUGUGUUACCACAAGUGCACUCCAGAGCUAUAUACAGUGUAACCUGGGGUGAAAACGGGCUUAUUGCCAGUACCGGAUCUGAUGGGCUUUUAGUCAUUUACAGAGAAGUGGAUGGCCAAUGGGAAAUAAUCGGUAAGAAGGAGCAAUGUCACGGUACACAAGAGGUGAAUGUUGUUAAAUGGAUGAUAGUCGAUGAUAAAAGCUUGUUAGCUACUGGUGGUGAUGAUGGCCAUGUGAAUAUAUGGGAAGAUUUCAGCCCUUAA